AUGCAGAUAGGAAGUAGCGUUCAAAUUUCCACCGGCGAGAGGCGCCGGAAUUCACCGGAUAAGUCAGUUUCCAGUCGCCAGUUGAAGAAGAGCAUGAGUUUACUUCACAAUUCUCUGGCAGAUAUGUCAGUGUCUGGUCGCCAGUUGAAGAAGAGCAUGAGCUUCCACAACAAUUCUCCAUCAGCAUCUCCAAGGCCACAGCAGACUUGUACAUGCUCGCCGUCGGACCAUCCAGGUUCGUUCAGGUGUAGCCGUCACAAGCCUGUGGACCCUACCAAGUGGCCGAGAAGGCGGCACACAAGCAGGGAAAUUCUGAGGAGGGCACUCUCCCCGUCAGCAUCAGGUCACCGGAGGUGGAACUUCCGGCCGAUACCCAGCCGUCUUUGUAACAUGUCCAUGGCUUGA